AAAUCACUUAUUUUGUGUGGAUUAAAUUGUGAGAAGACCAGAUUCUGAGCAUAUUAUUGCAAAUCAAAGACUUUGAUAGCCACCGAUCAUCUCAAUAAUACUUAACCGGUCUGCCGGAGAUUUUUUCGUGCUCUCUCUCCGGUGAUCGCCCAUGGCGGUGUUUCCUAUCGGCUCUCACUUCGCGCCGCCGCACAAACAGACGAAGAGACACGCCGUAGCGACUUCAUCCCGCAUCUGUCUCUCGACUCGAUUGCCGCAAAGUGUCUCCUUUUCGAACGUAUCUGGAGUUGCAAGCUCGAGGUUGUCCAGACACAACAGUGUUCUCGUCAGAGCCGAGGACAAGACAAGGGACUCUUCUUCUCCUUCUCUUGUAGAACAGUCACAACCAAUCGAUGAGUCAGAGCUUGAGAAUUUGAUGGACUCGUGUGAUCCUAUUUGUUCUGUUGAUGAACCUAGUUCGAGCUACUUCGAAGCUAAUUAUCAGUCAAAGACAGAUGUAGUCAAAGCCAUAGCUGUUCUUGCAGCAGUUCUUACGGGAACAGCUGCCAUUAAUCAUUCUUGGGUAGCUGCUAAUGAGGAUGUUGCUAUGGCAUUGUUGUUUGGAAUAGGAUACGCAGGAAUCAUAUUCGAAGAGUCUUUAGCUUUUAAUAAAAGUGGAAUAGGACUUGUGAUGGCUGUGAGUCUUUGGGUUGUGAGAAGCAUUGGGGCUCCUUCAGCUGAAGUAGUUGUUUCAGAGCUUCAGCAUGCAACAGCUGAGGUAAGUGAGAUUGUGUUUUUCCUACUCGGCGCAAUGACUAUUGUGGAGAUAGUUGAUGCUCACCAAGGAUUUAAGCUUGUUACAGACAAUAUCACCACUCGUAAGCCAAAGACGCUUUUAUGGGUGGUUGGCUUUGUGACUUUCUUCCUGAGUUCGAUUCUAGACAACCUGACCUCUACCAUUGUCAUGGUUUCUUUACUCAGGAAACUGGUUCCUCAAUCAGAAUACCGCAAACUUCUAGGAGCUGUUGUGGUGAUAGCAGCAAAUGCAGGAGGAGCAUGGAGUCCAAUUGGUGAUGUUACUACAACUAUGCUAUGGAUUCAUGGUCAGAUUUCCACCUUGCCGACUAUACAGGGACUUUUUAUACCCUCGGCCAUUUCUCUAGCUGUUCCACUAGCCCUCAUGUCCUUUACCAGUGAGGUAAAUGAGAAGGGACAGGAUUCAUCAGAUGUAAUGGCUUCUGAAAAGAUGGCUCCAAGAGGGCAGCUAGUUUUUGGAGUUGGACUUGGAGCGUUGGUUUUUGUUCCAGUCUUUAAGUCUCUAACCGGAUUGCCCCCUUACAUGGGUAUCUUGUUGGGUCUCGGAGUUCUUUGGAUCUUGACAGACGCCAUCCACUACGGUGAAUCCGAAAGACAAAAGCUCAAAGUACCUCAGGCCUUGUCACGAAUCGACACACAAGGCGCUCUGUUCUUCCUCGGGAUUCUUCUGUCUGUUAGCAGCCUUGAAGCGGCUGGGAUCCUCCAAGAGAUUGCAAGCUACCUUGAUGCUAAUAUACACAAUGUUGAGCUAAUAGCAAGCGCAAUCGGUGUUGUGUCGGCAAUCAUAGACAAUGUUCCAUUGGUUGCAGCGACUAUGGGAAUGUAUGACAUCACAUCGUUCCCUCAAGAUUCUGAGUUUUGGCAGCUCGUUGCAUUCUGCGCAGGCACUGGUGGUUCAAUGCUAAUCAUCGGUUCUGCUGCUGGUGUAGCCUUCAUGGGGAUGGAGAAAGUCGAUUUCUUUUGGUACUUCCGAAAGGUUAGUGGCUAUGCUUUUGCUGGUUAUGCUGCUGGCAUCGCGGCUUAUCUAGCACUUCAGAGUCUUCAUUUUUCGAUCCCAACAACGGUGGCUAAGAUCCCAUUUCUCACUGGUUCGUAAGCUGCAUCAGUCUCUAUGUUUAUCUUCCAUACCAAAAAAAAAAAAAUAGGAUAAAGGCAAAAUCUCUGUUUGGCUGUGCAUAAUAACACAUCACUAAACCAAACUAUGUAAAUUGUUUCAUAUACACUCGAUUGUAUGAUUAGUACAGAAUGAAUCAUCCAAUAAUCCAAUAAGAUUAUUAUAUCA